CGCUCGGCGCUCGGCCCUUGUCUCCUUCCCCAAGAUGGCGGCGGCGGAGGGAGGCGAGGCGGGAAGCGGGGGCGCGGAGUGAGGCGGCCGCGGCGCCUCCUCCCCGUCCCCUGCCCCCGGGGCCGCGUCAAGCCGGGGCCCGCUCGGACCUUUUCCUUUAGAUGGGAACGGGGGAAGGAGCCCAGACGUGGCAACACAUUCUCAGGCUCCUGCAGGACCGCCAUGGCUUAUGAUGACUCCAAGAAGAAAGAAGAGUUCCUAGAGAGUGACCGAAGUGAUGUGGAGCUGGCUACGGUCAGGACACAGCGAGAGAAAAAACGGUCUUACAGGGAUCAGCUGCAAGAGGAGGAGAGAAUAGCAACACAGGACAGUGAGCUCUUUCCAGGCACAGAACCUCACAAAAAGAAGAAGAAGCACUCCUCCGAUGAGUACGGCUCCAGAGAUCUUUCAUCUUUGGAUCCACCAUCAAAGAAGAAGAAAAAAGCAGUUUCAAGCCCAUCCUCAGCUGAUAAAAACAUGGAUGUACUCAAGGCUAUCACCUCACCUUUGGCCACAAGCUCCAAGUCUUCAAAGAAGACAUCCGAAAAAUCAUCUUAUUCUUCCUCUGGCCAUUCUGAAAGCAAAAAGGAGCACCACAAGAAGAAAUUGAGUGGAAGCAGUGGGGAGCACUCAGUGGAUGAUGGCAGCUACCACAAAACUAAAAAAAUGAAACCUCUCUAUGUGAACACAGAGACCCUUACUCUUCGUGAACCUGAUGGCUUGAAGAUGAAGCUUAUCCUUUCACCAAAAGAGAAAAGUAGUGCUGCAGAUGAUGAUUCUUUCUCCUACUCUUCAGCACCAGCAGCUGCAAAGAAAUCUUCCAAAAAAUCAUCUCGAGAUGAGCAGGGCUCAUUCCAUCUGGGUCAUGAAGUGCAGAGCUUCCAGAAGUCAUCCCGGAAGAAGCACAAACCUCCUCCAGACUCACGUCCCCCUUCUGAGAGUUUUGGUGCCGACACAUCCAUGUUUUCGGAAGGCCAUGGGAGUGAGUAUGAGACUUCGGGUGUGGAGGCACCACCAGAAUCUGGUUCCUCUUCUGGUGGGGAGUUGGAGGCUGGAGAGCUAGUGAUAGAUGAUUCCUACCGGGAGAUCAAGAAGAAGAAGAAGUCAAAAAAAAGUAAGAAAAAAAAAGACAAGGAGAAACACAGAGAGAAGAAACAUUCUAAAUCUAAAAAGAGUUCUGGGCACUCUUCUGUGGCAGUAGCAGAAGUAACAGUGUCACCACCACCUCCUUCCAGUACUCCCUAUGUUCUUCCUCCACCUCAUCCUACUAUUUAUCACUCAGAUGGACAAAGUGAGAGGAGGAGGAAGAAGGAAGAAAAGGAGAAGGAAAAAGCUGAAAAAUGGGAAAAAGAAAAAGAAAAGGAACGAGAAAAGGAAAAGGAACGAGAAAAGGAAAAGGAAAGAGAAAGAGAAAAGGAAAAGGAACAAGAAAAGGAAAGAGAAAAGGAACGGGAAAAGGAAAGAGAAAAGGAACGGGAAAAGGAAAAGGAAAGAGAAAAGGAACGAGAAAGAGAAAAGGAACGGGAAAAGGAAAGAGAAAAGGAACGGGAAAAGGAAAGAGAAAAGGAACGGGAAAAGGAAAGAGAAAGAGAAAAGGAACGAGAAAGGGAAAGAGAAAGGGAAAAACCAAAGAAGAAAAACAUGUCUGCCUAUCAAGUGUUCUGUAAGGAGUAUCGUACAAAUAUUGUGUCUGAGCACCCUAGGAUAGAUUUUGGAGACCUAAGUAAAAAGCUGGCAGAAGUGUGGAAGCAGCUCCCUGAGAAGGAUAAACUGGUCUGGAAACAGAAAGCUCAGUAUCUGCAGCACAAGCAGAAUAAAGCAGAAGCCACCACUGUGAAGCGAAAGGCAUCGUCUUCAGAUGGUGCUCCAAAAAUAAAAGCUUCUCCACCAGGAGUGAUUUCCCCUCAAAAGAAAUCCCCCACCAGCACUGUGGUGUUGCCUUCCUCACCAGCCAAAGUCCCUGAGACAGAUCCUAUAGAUGUAGCUGCACAUUUACAAUUGCUGGGCGAAUCUCUGAGCCUCAUUGGACACAGACUGCAGGAAACAGAGGGAAUGGUGGCUGUUUCAGGAAGUUUGUCAGUACUUCUGGAUUCUAUCAUCUGUGCUUUGGGCCCAUUAACAUGUCUGACCACACAACUACCUGAGUUGAAUGGCUGCCCUAAGCAAGUUUUGUCAAACACACUAGACAACAUCGCCUACAUCAUGCCUGGACUUUGAUGGGAAAAGAUCCUGGGAUUUACUCAACUUCUGUGUAACUGACCUGUGUACAUAUGCACUACACCGGCACUCCCAAAGGACUCUGUGUGUAGGGUUUUAAAUUUUUUUAACUGUACAGUAUACAAAUAGGAUUGUAACUGUCUUAUUUUUUUGAAAAGUUGUGAAGUUAAGGUGAGAGAACAGAUCUUCGCCGGUGGAUGAAAUGUCAUCCAAUCUAAAAGUAUUUGUAUGAAGAAUUCAGAAAGGUUUUGAGAUACUAGCCUUAAAUUCAGAUCCUUUAGUGGGGGAAGCAGCCAGAGAAUGGACUUCUCAAUGUAAGGAAGGACACAUCACCAUGAGAGUAGUCAUAGAAACAACCCAGAGAGGUUGUUGAAUCUCCAUCCUUGAUGAUAUUCAAAUACUGAGUGAGCGGCCUUCUGUAGUUGGACUUAAUUUAGAAGCAGGGGUUGGACAAGACGACCUCCUGAUACCCUUUCCAGUGUAAAGUAUUCUUUAUAGUCUAUGGGCAUGUAGAGAAGGUAAUGUAGGUUGGACCAAGAAAUAGAAUUGAACUCUUCACCUGACCUUUUUUUUUUUUUUUUUUUUUUUAAUUUAAAAUCCGCUUGAGGGGAAAGCUGGAGAGUUGAUCAAAGAUGCAGAGAGCUCUCCCUCUUGGUCACAUCUUCUAACCCCCCCUCUUUGGUCAGUAAUAACUAAAAGUUGUCAGUGUCAGCUUACUGGUCUGGUAGCUGGCAUUUGUCAUGAAGUUGAAGAUGACAGAGAAUUUAAUCUUUUCUUUUCGACUUGCAUCCAAAUCAUCAUUAGCACCGAUUUAUCAACAGACUUCAUUGGCUUGAGAGGAUGCACCUCCUGCUGAUUUUUCCAGGGCAUGGUCAGCCUGUUUUGAUGGAGAAGAGAGCGAUAGCAGAUGGGAAAAACUUGGAUCGCUUCUGCCCAUCUUGCCCCUGGUUUGUGAACAGACAACCUUGGUUUCUGAGUUUGCUGAUCCCCCAUCCCUUUCACCAGCAGUAUUGAAAGAGCCAUGGUGCUGCUGUGAGACGUUGACUAAUGACCAAUUUGAAGCAGUUGCAGCCGACCAAGGUACCUGUGAGUGGAUAGGACUUAUCCCCCUUCUUUCUAGCCACAUACUUGGUGUUUGGCUUUCCGUUCCUCUAGAAGAGGAGCUGCAGGAGAGCAUUUGAUUUUCAUAUAGGCGUUUCUGUGUCUGUAUGUAUGUGUAUGUGGUGUGCAUAUCAUAUGUAUUUAACUUUUACCGAUAUCUGUAACAGAUUUUAAUUUAUCCUGUAUAUUACUGUGUACAUAUAUAUAUAUAUAUACACGUAAUUUAAAAGCAAAAAUCCCUCCCUCUACCAACGGUGUGUGGAAGAUACCAAGUCUGCCUCACCACUUCCUGCAGGAAUCAGAUGUGUGUACAGUAGUAAGCAGUGGCAUUGUAUGGGGGAAUUACCAGAAAGAUUUUGUCUGUAGAAAGUGGUUAUCUUGAGAAGCUAGGUAGAACAGAUGAAAUAUAAUUUGACUUCAGGAUAUUCAGCCUUACAGCAUAACAAAUUUAGAAUGACAGAAGAGCAUUCAUUUUUCCUUCCACGUUGAAGUCUAGAUUGCCUUUUUCAGGGCAGUUGAGAUUGAACUGACCCUUUUUAUGGCUGAGCCCUAGUCUUAAAAAAUUAAAUCCUCAGGUGUGUGGGAGGAUGUUUCUCCCCAUUCCUCUUUACUGUAUUUUCCCCAGGUGUGCUCGUACAAGGUACUCUGUCUCUUACAGAGCUUUUCUCAUUUCAGUGUUAGGCUUUCUCAAUCAGUUAGCGGAAGAGGCAGAAGCUUCUCACACCACCAUCCACGUUCUCAACCCAAGCCUCAGACCAGAGCAUCCGUGUUUUCACAGUAUGUGACUAAUCCCAGCGAGCCUGGAGUUGGAGAGGGCCCAGGAGGGAGGCGGUCUGCUGCUGCUUCUCAUCCUGGCCCCUACCGAAGGAUUCUGCUGCAAGGCAACCGGCUCUUCCCAGCCCUCUGCAGCUGAGAGCUUUGGGUACACGGUAAAAAUCUGCUCUGCGAGGACCGGAGGGGGAUCGGCUUCAGCUUUGUCAUCUCUACAGUGGAAAACCUUUCCUCGAAGAGCUUGAAAACCUAACCCACACCCCCCCCCGUCCCGUGUUUGUACGUGAGAUUUGUACACUUUGUAUCUCGUGCUGUUCAGUACCAGCGGGAAGAUUUGCCCGCGCCUCGCCGCUUUUAUACUUUUGUGCUCCCGUUCCCAACGGCCCCUUUUUGUACCGUUCCGACAAUAUAUUUUUGUUACACA